AUGAACACCUACAAAGACACCUUCCACCUCCCCCACAUCAAGGGUCAACCCCUGCACGUUCUAAUCGUCGGCGCCGGCAUCGCAGGCCUCUCGGCCGCCCUGGCGAUACACAAGACCGGCCACAAAGUCACCAUUCUCGAGCGGGUGCGGGAAAUCGCCGAGGUCGGGGCAGGCAUCCAGAUGGCGCCGAAUGCAGCGCGGAUUCUCGGUCGCUUGGGUUUGCUGGAAAAGGUCAUGGAGAAGGCGAAUGCGCUAGAGAUGAAUUCUCUCCGCAGGUAUAAGAACGAUGAGGAAUUGGGGAAGGCGGAGUUGAUGCCUUCCGUCGGAGAAAAGUAUCACGCUCCCCUUGCAGUCAUCCAUCGUGGCGACUUACAAAGUAUCCUGCUUGAGGCGGUACGGUCGGAAAAUAUCCCCAUUCGAACUGAUUCGCGAGUCGUCUGUGCGGCGCCCGAUUUCUCUGCGCGCGUGCAACUUCAUACCGGGGAAUGGGUAUCCGGGGAUGUUGUCAUCGGGGCGGAUGGGAUCAAGUCCGAUCUGCGACACCAGAUGGCGGCGCAUCAUGGAGUGAAGGAUAUUUGUCAGCCGACCGGGGAUGCGGCGUACCGGAUCCAGAUCCCUGAGGACAAGAUGAAAGGGGAUCCGCGGGCGCGGGAACUAUUGAAGAAGAAUGUUGGGAUGCGGUGGAUGGGACCGGAAGGCCAUAUUAUGGCGUACCCGAUGAAGAACAAUACCGUGUAUAAUAUGGUGUUGCUGCAUCCGCAGAAAGAAGGCGCGGAGACGGAGGAAAGCUGGACGAAUAAGGGAGAUAAGCGGGAGAUGGAGGAAUUUUAUUCCGAUUGGAAUGGACUCGUUCGCGAUUUAUUGAGUUAUGUUCCUGACGGGGAGGUGAUGGAGUGGACGCUGAAUUCGCAUUUCCCGCUGCCGACGUGGAUUGAGAAUCGCGUGGUUUUGAUGGGCGAUGCGUGCCAUCCUAUGCUGCCGUAUGUGGCGCAGGGAGCGGCGCAGGCGAUCGAGGAUGCUGGGGUGCUCGGGUGUGUGUUGGCUUUGACGGACGAUAUCGAUAGCGCAUUGGCGGUUUAUGAGCGGGUAAGAAAGGAACGCGCCGAACGGAUCCAGAAGAGCGCAGCGGUUACGCGGAAAGCGCUGCAUUUGCCCGAUGGCGAGGAACAGCGCAAGCGCGAUGAGGCUAUUCGCGGCCCUGGGAAGAAUCCGGAUCUUUGGGCGGAUAAAUCCUGGCAGGAUUUCAUGUGGGGUACGGAUGUCAUGAAGGAGACGGUCGAUAACUUCGACGAUUUAGUUGCUCGCAGUCACGGAUACCACCCACAUGCGUUGAAUGCGGUGGCUUAUUAG